CUCACACCGCGCAUGCUCCAAACCGCGGCGCCCCCGACUCGGCACUCGGCUCGGUUCGGGCAUUUCCGCCUCUUUGUUUUAAACUCCGGACGGCUUUUUUCUCCUCCUCUUGGGGGGGACCCAGAGGGAGCGGCGCCCCCUCCCCCUCCCGGCGAGCCCCCGCGUGCGCCCGCUCGCCCGCCGCCCGAGACGCAGGCUUCACAAUGUAGCUGCGACUUCAGACUCUCAUUCACAGAAAAUGGAAAAGGAACAAGGGGCAGAAGGAAGGUGCAGAAACCAGCCAGAACUCCGAGUGAGGAGGGAUCAUCAUAUCCAGUUGGUGGCCUGAAGCCUCCAUGCCACGGGGUGAGGAAGGACACGCAGACGUCCAGAGGAGAAGCCAAAGAUGUUGACCAGGAAGAUUAAACUCUGGGACAUAAAUGCCCAUAUCACCUGCCGCCUGUGUAGCGGCUACCUCAUCGAUGCAACCACAGUGACAGAGUGUUUGCACACAUUCUGCAGGAGCUGCCUGGUGAAGUAUCUGGAGGAGAACAACACCUGCCCCACCUGCAGGAUCGUGAUCCAUCAGAGCCACCCACUGCAGUAUAUUGGUCAUGACAGAACCAUGCAGGACAUUGUUUACAAGCUGGUGCCAGGCCUCCAGGAAGCGGAAAUGAGAAAACAGAGGGAAUUUUAUCACAAGCUGGGCAUGGAGGUACCAGGUGACAUCAAGGGGGAGGCGUGUUCAGCAAAACAGCACUUAGAUCCCCGAAACGGUGAAACCAAAGCAGAUGACAGUUCAAAUAAAGAGACACCAGAAGAGAAGCAGGAAGAGGACAACGAUUACCACAGGAGUGACGAGCAGGUGAGCAUCUGUCUGGAAUGCAACAGCAGCAAACUACGGGGCCUGAAGCGGAAGUGGAUUCGAUGCUCAGCCCAGGCGACAGUGCUUCACCUGAAGAAGUUCAUUGCCAAGAAACUCAACCUUUCCUCCUUCAAUGAGCUGGACAUUUUAUGCAAUGAGGAGAUCCUGGGCAAGGACCAUACUCUCAAGUUCGUGGUUGUCACAAGGUGGAGAUUCAAGAAGGCACCCCUCCUGCUACACUACAGACCCAAGAUGGACUUGCUGUGAGCCCAGCCAGACUCAGCCCGCACCUAGCUCUCCACAUAGCAGCCAUGCUGUGGAAUACUGCUUCUGGGUGCCAUGCGGACCAGAUUUCUGAAUAGAGAAUAUUUAUAACUUUUGUAUGAGAGAAUACGCUCCCAACAAGACACUACCAGCACGCGUUUACAGAGGAUGAAAACACUUCGCAGUUCGCUCAUCUCUGCUUCAGGUCCACAGAUCAGAGAAUAAAUGAAAUCGUGUGACCCACUCCCACGCCACCUCCGACACAGCACCUUUGCUUGCUUCCCGGGUCUUGAAAAUCUGGGUUCAUUUCAGUUUUAAUUCAUGGGUUAGGUUUCCAAAAAUACUUUUCCUUUUAAUGAUUCCUUCCUAAGUUAUUGAAAGUCUUUUCAUGGUAAAUAUUUAUGUUACCUUUAGCUUCCUGAAAACUUAAAAAAAUAUAUAAAAAUUUAAUUUAAAAGCAUACCCAAAGAGGCUUGCAGUAAUGCUAUGAUUUAGCCAUGAAGUUUAAUUUCCCACUUUAUAUAAAGCAGAGGCCCAUUCCCAAGCUUGGGUCUCAUGCUAAGUCCUGGGCUGGCCUGGCAUGCAGGGCCAUUCAUCACCCCCUCAAUGUCAUCUGACUGCAAUUCCGGCACACUCAGCAGGGCAGACCAGAGGUGGUGUGGCCAGUGCAGCACUGGCUUAUCGAGAAGUUCUUGUAGAAAUGCUUUCCUUCGAAAGGCCAUCACUGAAUUUCCUGCCUUUUCCUUCCCAUUUUCCUUCUACUGACAAGCUGUGGUGGUAGUGCUUAUUAAACAGCUCAGGCCAUCCUUUGGGGAGACCUAGGAAAGGCUUCAGCAUUUACCAGGCAGCCUCCAUGUUUCUGGUGGCUGGUGUUUUCAGGCUCAGCUUCCUGCUGGUAAGGAGGACACAUAUGCCUUGUGGCCCUUUUCUUUUUCAUGGAAGGUCGCCAGGCCGCUUCAUCACUUGAGAAACAACUCUUGUCCACCAGAACCCUUCACUUCCAAAAUGUGAUUUUGUUGAUGAAUUAGAGAAUAAGAUGCCAGCCAUUCACAUUUAUUCCCUCUUAAGGCAGAGGUGCGGGUAUAAAGGCAAGAAUGAGGAGAAGGGUUACUGUCCUGGGGUUCCCAGGGACCUCUCAGUCCAGGUGCCCUCUUACCUCUUUUACCUCCUUCCCUCCCAGGCCCCAUGGGAAUUGGAGGACCCUAUAAUCACAGAGGUACCUCUGUCCUUGGUGGGCAAAGGAGGGUUUUAGUGUGUUCCUGAGGACCAGGCUUUCUGAGUCUUCACCAUAGCAACUGGAAUAUUUUUCUUGGCUUUGCUUUGACAAUUAGGGUUGGGCUCAUCAACCACCUUUGCCUGUUUUCUUCUACUUUUUCUGUCUCAUGCACAAAGUGUCAGAAGCAAUGACUAGUGAGACCUAAUGUUAGUAAUAAGGGAACGUCCACAUUAACUCAUCUUUAAUGUAUGACCUUCUAAAACACAAAAGCAAGCUCUUUGUUAGGAAUUGAUCAAAAUUCACCUCUUUUUUAAGCCCAGGACUGUUUGAUUAUUCAGUUUCCUGAGUUUGCUAUUCAUCCAAAUCAUUUCUAGUGUUACUAUACAAGGGUUUAUGCGUAAAAAUUACCUGUCUACCUCAGAACACAUGUGCUGCUGAAACAUUCUGCAAGACCGUGUUCUCACAAUGCAGUUUAGAAUUUAGGUAUUUUCCUGUGUGGUGAAACUAAAGGAUUAAACAGUUAGAAGCCUCCAAAUUCAAAUAAAGUUAAUUUACAGUUCAGAUCAAACUUAGUAUCUCUGUAUAAUCUCACGGUAUAUAUUUGUAACUUUGUAGCUACUUUUGGAAUCACUUGACUUUGCUAUGGUGCUAAGUUGAUAGAUCUAAGUGUUCAGCGAGGCGGACAUCGCAGCCGGCACCAGUGUCCCAGCCGGGUGCCGCUGUCCCAGCAGCCCUGCUUCUGUCACCAUGUUAACCUGAUAAACCUCAGCAGCAAAAGUUCCUAUUUUUCUAAGAUUCCAUCAUGAGCCUGUCUGCACUGCAGAUGGUCUCCCAAUGCCCUUCUGCCCUUUGGUCUGACCUGUAGCCUUACCUCUCUCAGAGAUGGAGCAGAGUGAACCUGCGUCAGAUGGAAGCUUCAGGGCGCUUUGUUUCACUCCUGCCAAGCUCCAUGUGACAUCAAAGGCUGAAUUUUUUUUUUCCAACAUGAGUGCCAGGAUUGGUUAGUGAUCGGUCCUGUCGAGCUUCUCAGCGGAUGGAGCUCCUGCCAAGUUGUUUUCACAGCUGCCGAUGCAGGAAACCAGGUGCAUCCAGCCGGCAGCCACGGGACCAGCCUCCCAGCACUUGGUCUCGUUCACCAUUUUCACAAAAAUAGAAAACUCAGAUAGAAUAUAUAAUAUUGAAUUUAAGAUUUGGGGGGUAAAAAAAGAAAACUUUAUAAAAUUAUUUAUUCUAUUUUAAGCCUUCUAUCAUAUUUUCCCAUCCAAUUGUUUGGUUUCUGUGGUCCAGCUUUAUUUACAGGCAUAUAAGAUAAAAUUGUGAGGUGUUUUGCAAGCUUCUUUUACUUUGUGUAGCCUUCGGUUUGUAUGUUUUCACAGGGAUGAAGAGCAUUUCUAUGCUUUUGUGCAAUAGGUUCCAACAUGCAUUUAUUAGAUGUGUUUGAAUUGUGAUCUAGCAUCGGUUCUACUAAAUUGAAAGGGAAUAUAGGUGGGAUUUCAAAAUACGUGCAUUGAGCAAUUUGGUUUUGCCUUUUCCACUGUUGUUAUUAUAAGAAUGCUGUUAUUGGGACUGUGCGUGUGUGUGUGUGUGUGUGUGUGUGCGUGUGUGUGCGUGGAUACUUGCCAGCAAUAUUCAAAAAUAAGCAGUAAGGCAGAUAGUAUGAGGGUUCACAGUCACCUGGAGUGCACCUAGAUCCUUGAGCUGGGUCUGUGGCUGAGCCAUCCUGGGAGUUGGGAUCUCAGGGUCUCUGCCUACAAACCUGGCAGUGCUGCCCUUCACAGGCCUAUUGGCCCUGACACCUGGCCAGCAUCAAAGUCUUUGGAGCCUGGUGUGUUGUUUUUGAAGGCACACAGGGUGGUUCAUAGUGCUCUGAAAUAUAUUAGAUUGAAUGUUCUAGGAAUGAGCCAACUGAGUUCUGUUGAAUAUGCUCCUGAAAUAUUGAAAACAAAUUUAGUACAGAUAGCUAAAUCACACACAACACACGAAAACAAUGUCUGUUUCCUCAGGAAAUCAUUGAAGCCCCAACACAUCACAUGUGACCUUAACAUGAAAACAGAGGUUUUCUCCGCCUUUAUAUUGAAAUACACCAAGUGAAUAACUGGGAUACGUAGAUUAGAAAAGUCACUUAAUUGUACCACAAUCUGCAUAUCUUGUGCUCCUCCAGGCAGGGAUUGCCACCACUUAGGCUCCCAUCAGGAACAUGCUGCACAGGGCUACAGCUCUUUGGCUCGGUGUUCCUGUUGGGUGUCAUUCACUCCCAUCCAAGAGCAUAGUGAGAGAAUGAACUCAAGCGUGCCCAUGAGGUAUAUGUGUGGCUUUAGCAUGAGCAUCUGUUCCAGCUCUCAGCUUGUACCAGACACAUUUUUCCUAUAGUGGAAGUAACAUCAGGUCAGGGACAGCAGCACCACCUGAGCUCUCACCUUGGAGUGCAGCCACAGCUAACAGCUGUCACAGUGUAUGGAAACGAUGAUGCAGAUACAGAUUUUUGACUGUUUAAUUUGAAAGUUUACAUUUUUUAUGAUUGUGUUAGUGUGUAAUUUUUGUACCAUCAGUGGCUAGUUUUUGUCUAAAAUCUUUUUUGGAAUAUUGCUUAAUGUUUUGAUUUUAUGAUAGUGAAGCUUGUAUUCAGUGUUUUGCCAAUUAAUAUUAUAUGCUUGUAAUAAAAGCAGAAGAAAAAUUUAACUAA